CAUCUUACUGUCUUAGUGUACACCGCAGGCCACGACAGCGAGUCAUGGGGCCUCGCCACUCCCGAAGAGUUCGAGCCCGUUCCAAGGCUCUGCCGUUACAUUCUCGCCGUCUACGAGGACGAUCUCCGCCGCCCCCUCUGGGAGCCGCCGAGGGGCUACGGAAUCGACCCCGAUUGCAUAGUUGUCAGGAAGAAUUACGACGAUACGCGCGGCCAAGCGCCUCCCUAUUUUGUAUACCUUGAUCAUCAUCACUCUGAUAUAGUUCUUGCUGUGAGAGGGCUUAAUCUAGCUAAGGAGAGUGAUUAUGCGGUUUUGAUGGAUAAUAAGCUGGGGAAGAGGAAAUUUGAUGGAGGGUAUGUGCACAAUGGGCUGCUCAAGGCGGCUGGCUGUGUUUUGAAUGCUGAGUGUGAUGUUUUGAGGGAUCUUCUGGAGAGGUAUCCGAGUUAUACGCUGACAUUCACGGGGCAUUCGCUAGGGUCUGGUGUGGCGGCGCUGCUGACUGUGGUGGUGGUGCAGAAUCGCCAUCGGUUUGGGGGUGUGGAGAGAUCGAGAGUCAGGUGCUAUGCGAUUGCACCGGCUAGAUGUAUGUCGCUUAAUUUGGCUGUCAGAUAUGCUGAUGUUAUUAACUCUGUUGUUCUUCAGGAUGAUUUUUUGCCUCGGACAGCCACCCCACUGGAAGAUAUAUUCAAGUCGCUUUUCUGUUUGCCGUGCUUGUUGUGCCUAAGAUGCUUGGGAGAUACAUGCAUACCCGAGGACAAAAUGCUAAAAGAUCCAAGAAGGUUGUAUGCACCGGGUCGCCUCUAUCACAUUGUUGAGAGAAAACCUUUCAGGUGUGGAAGAUUUCCUCCAGUUGUGAAGACAGCAGUGCCUGUGGAUGGAAGAUUCGAGCGUAUAGUUCUGUCCUGUAAUGCCACCUCCGAUCACACCAUCAUUUGGAUAGAGAGAGAAGCUGAAAGGGCUCUGGAAUUAAUGCAAGAGAAAGAUGAUGCAUUGGAGAUUCCAGUACGUCAAAGAAUGGAGAGACGGGUGUCAUUAGCCAAGGAUCAUGGUGACGAGUACCAGUCUGCUCUACGCAGAGCUGUUACUUUAGCUGUUCCACAUGCCUUUUCACCGUCUCAAUACGGAACCUUUGAUGAAAGGGAGGAUGAGGAUUCACAGCAAUCAUUAGGAGAUAGUUCGACGGGGUCAUCUUCCCAAAGCAAGAGUCGGGAGAGCUGGGACGAGCUGAUCGAGCGUCUGUUUGAGAGGGACGAGUCUGGUCACAUGCUGCUGAGGAAAUCACUUAUUGGUUAAGUGCUAUAUGUAUGUUAUGAAGGCAUCAUUCUUUUAUUCAAUAUUCUUUGUAUGAUUAUGUAGUCUUUUUUUAUGCGUGUGAAUAUCAGUUUCAACUUUCAAGAAAAUCUAAACUGCUACUCAAAAGUAUCGAAUUUUAAAUACUACUCAUAAUAUAUUCCCUCCA